AUGACGAAAUCCAAAGUUAUCAUAGUUGGAUCCGGUGGAGUUGGUGCAAUUGCGGCAUAUGGUUUGGAGUAUGGAGGUAAAGCAGAAGUGACAUUAGUCAUUAGAUCAGAUUAUGAUGUUGUGAAGAAAGAAGGAUUUGAGAUUAAAUCAUGUGACUAUGGCCAUAUUAAAGGAUUCAAGCCUUCUAAGAUUGUCAAAAGUGUAGAGGAUGCCUCCAAAUUUGAUCCAUUCGAUUUUAUUAUUGUUACGACAAAAAACAUUCCUGAUGUUUUUAAGGUUGAAGAUAUCAUUGAGCCAAUUGUUACAAAAAAUUCAACUAUAGUCUUGCUUCAAAAUGGUAUUGACAUUGGGGCUCCUAUCUUAAAACGCUUUCCUGAGAAUAAAGUUUUGAGCGGCGUUAGCAUGAUUUCGUCUACCAAUUACAAUGGGUUCAUUGACCAUGAAGGCAAGGAUGCAUUGAAAAUAGGUUAUUUUCAUAAUGAAAAUAUUGACUCGAAAGAAGAGAAGGAGGCCUGUGACAAUUUUAUUGACAUAUACGCAAAUGGCCUCAAUUCUUGUACUUACGACCAAGAUGUCAAGUCUACAAGAUGGCGAAAAUUGGUAUAUAAUGCUACAUUUAAUACUAUCUGUACUUUGACUGGCGUUGAUACAGGUCGUUUGGAAUUGUUUGGAGGAGUAGAUAGUCUUGUUCGGAAAGCAAUGAGAGAAGUGUUGAAUAUUGCUAAGUCAGAUGGUGCAGACAUUCCUGAAAGUGUCAUUGAGACUAUGAUAAGAUCAGAUGAUGGUCUAUACUACUCACCUUCAAUGUUAGUAGACCUGAGAAAAGGAAAUUUCAUUGAAAUAGAAGUGAUUUGUGGUAAUGCUGUGAGAAUUUCAGAGAAAAAUGGUGUCGAGGCACCGAUAUUAACCUUGGUUUAUGAUUUGCUUAAAGUAGUUCAAUGUAAAACUAAAGAAGAAAAAGGACUUAUAGUCGUCCCAAAAGAGAGAUCUGUUCCCGAAAAUAGAAAGACUUGA